AGAAGAGGCAUCUCGUAGUGUGAAACAACUAGCCAACGAGGACAGAGCGAGAGACCGAAGACCGACGAUGAGCUCCGAGGCAUCGACGUGGACGGACUUCACGGGGGCCACGACCCCGGUGUCCCCGCACAACUCGACCGGAGUCCGCAGACACCUGCUCGCCUACGAUGUCCUGCUGCCUCCCCUGGGGGUGCUCAUCGCGGUGAUCAACCUGAGCGUGGUCAUCUCAUCCGGCCUGAUCCUGAAGAUGCGCCCCACGCCACGCACCACCUACCUCUUCCUGGGAAAUGUGGCCAUGGCAGACUUGAUAACCAGCGUGGCAUACUUGUUUGGCCAGCUCUACCCCAAACAGAACAGAGCACCUGUGAUCUGCUACAUGCAGAUGGGAAUGAUAGUGUCGAGCACAGUUGCAUCCAUCUGGAGCGUAGGACUGAUCGGCAUCGACCGGUUCCUGUACAUCCUGUACGGAAUGCACUACCAGCGAUGGAUCACACCAUUCCGAGCCAGAUGGCUCAUCAUCUUCACCUGGCUUCUCGGCAUCGUGAUAGGCUUCCUACCCGCAAUGGGCUGGCGACGUCACGUGGGCAGUGGCAAGGCAUGCUGGUUCACAGGGGUGGUGACACCUGAGCUCAUCGUGCUCACCACGAUAGUGGGUUUCGCACCAAUCAUCGCGACCAGCAUUCUAUACUCCAUCAUCCUGUACCACGCGCUGCGUAAGGUGAAACAGUUAACAAGGGCGGGCAAGAACACCGGGCACACAGCGACCACGACGAGCAAACAGCACAACCUGCGUGUGAGUCGAGGAGCCAAUGCCACCAUGACACAGGAUCCCAACAAAAAGAAAUCAUCCCCCAGCAAAUGGAAGGCAAUCAAAGUGGUGAUCUUCACCAAUGGUUCGUUCAUUCUAACGUGGGUACCUUUCUUCAUAGCGAACCUCAUGUACGUGUCCUGCGAAGCAUCAUCGACGCGCGUGGAAAACUGCAAGGGCUUGCAAGUAGCCAUUGCUGUCCCCUUGACCAUGCUGGGGUUGUUCAACUCGCUCCUGAACCCAAUCAUUUAUGCUUGGUGGCACAACGGCUUCCGGGAAUUUGUGCGCAACACUCUCUGCAGGAGGUGCCGGAGGCACACGCACCACCCCGGCACUCCCGUCAAAGCUACAGGCUCGGCUGCAACAAGCAGCACCAAAAGCACCGGAGCCUCCAGCACCAAGUCAUCUCACUCCAGGGAGGCCAUGCCUGUGCUCCAGGAGCAAACCCAGUUAUGACCUAAGCGAGACCAAGGAUUUAAUGUACCAACAUUAGCAGGAACUGAAAGAAUCCACUAAACAUCAAGUAACGAUUAGAGCAUCAGUGUAUCAAGGUGUGGAUGUGGUUGUAGAGCAAAGAUGGGAAAAUAACACCAGCUCAUUUCUGCAGUCCAGAAAUAAAAAGUGACACAAAACAAAGACAGAUAUUUGGUUGAGAGAGCCUGCAACUAGGUGGAAGUAUAUCAAAACAACAAGAUUGCUAUAGUUCCCAUUUGCAGCAGUAGGUUGAAUAAACUAAUAACCUUCAAUUAUAACUAAAGUUAAUCUUUAAGCAGCAGUUUUAAGUUUUAAUGAACUAAACAAACUUGCUCAACUUGAAUAGUUCAGAAAUAAGCCAAACAUAAGAAUUUGCAUUCCAACAACAAAUGUUUGCCAUUAAACAAUAAGCAUUUUGAAUCUGUGCACAUUGCUACCGAGUGUGUUCAUUUUAAUCAACACACUAAUAAGACCAUUGCAAUAAUUUUUUUACUAUUUUCACAAUUAAGUAGGUAAAACAAAUUUUUUGGUCAAAAAUUGUCAAAAAUGUAUUAAUUUAUUAAGUGCUGCUUUAAAAUAGCAUAACAGCUGCUCUCAAAAUUUUAAAAAUAACGAUGGUGUGGUUACCAAUUUAAAAAUAAAAAUAUUUUGCCAUAAACAAAUAUUAAAUCACUUUAAGUCAUAUAACAUUAUAUACAUAUAGCUAAGCUUCUGGUUCCCAACUGGUUUACUCAAAAAAUUCUCUGUGGCAAGUGAUAAAAGGACAUCGUCACCAAAACUGACAAAAAUUUUACGGAACCACAAAUACAAACAGCAUUGAUUGUCAUUCAGGGAGAAAAACAACAAAUGGUACAAGGAACAAGCAACUGACAACAGUGGGUUAGCAAGAAAGAGAACAAACAGUACAGCAACAGAGCUGCAGAAUGGCGAAGGAACAGUGAAGGUGGCAUCAAAAUACAGCAAAGGAUGCAGAGAUGUCAAAGUAGGUAGUCACUGAUUGUGAAUGGCUAAACAUUGGAAAAAAUUCUGAAAAGUUACUACAUUCAGUGAUAGGAUAAAAGAAUGUGUUGAUAAUAUUUUGAAAACAUGAAGAAAAGAAAACUUUAGCUCACAACGUUUUGUACAAAAUAUAGUAUGUUCUGUAAUAUAGAAUGUGAAAUAUAUAAAUUUUUUAAACGCAUGACAUGUUUAAAUAUUAAAAUAUCUGCAUGACCGAGUUUCACUCUUAAAAAUAAACUUAAUUUAUGUGCAUAAAAAUAUAUACACAUACCUGGUUUAAAAAUUAACAUUUUCUUUUUAUAUUUUCAACUGAACAUGAACAUAUUAUUCAAACAAUGUUUAUUUAAUUGCAAGGACAGCUGGUUCUGAAAUGCAUGAAUGGUAGUCGUAACUAAAAUAUAGCUAAAUGGGUGUGUAAUUUCCUCACGAUAAAACCAAAAGUAGAUUUUCAAUUGUUUUUCACAGAGAAACUUAUGUUUCUGUAGCCAAGCAUAAGAGAUUAUCAAGCAAUGACAUUACAAAAAGAAUGAAAACAGCAUUUGAAGAAACUUUACUUAGGUGAUGUCACUUUCAGAUGAUAAUGGCUAGUCACUAAAAAAAAUUAGUCACUUAUUUUGUUGCAUUUUAUAACCUAAUCCAUGCCAAAUAUCUUCAUUAAUACUUGACAAUAUAAAAAUAUUACACAGUACAUAACAUCACAUACAGCAGAAACCUGUUAUAAUGUUCUUGCUUAGAACAUCAUAUUUUUAACUAAAAGUCCCAAUUUUUCCACCCUAAUAACAAUGUAUUUAUUUCCUGUUUAUAAUGUUCAUGAAUUGUGCAUUUCAAGCUUAUAAUGUUUGAUUUCUUAAAUUCAGUAAAUGCAAAAUUAAAAAAAACUAUUAAAACCUAACUAUUCCAACACUCAUCCUGUGAAGUUUUAACAUGUAAAACCAUUUACAAUUUACAUACAUUUUUGUUUACAAUCACUGUUAUACCAUAGAUGUAAAUUGUUCAAAUGAAUUGCUUUAUGAAAGGGUAUUAAUCAACUAUUUUGAAGAAAUGAGUUACAUACAGGAUGCAAAUCUGUGGGUGUUCACGCAUCAUUUAGUUACUAAAAGGCACUAGUCUGAUGCAAGGAAGUGGGUUUACCGACCGCCAGAAAAUCUCAUUUAGUUAUGAAAAGGAAUAAGUCUUAUGUCCUUUUAUAACCAUAUGGUUGCAGCUGGUUACAAAGAUAAAACAAAACAGUAGUAUACUCUUCUGACCUCCUUGGCAGUGUCAUGCAGUAUUGCAUGCUGGUAUAUUCGGUUCUCAUUUGUUUUGUUGUGUACUUGUAGUGACUUGUGGUUUGUUUACUUAGUAGAAAAUGAGUGAAAUAGAGUCUAAUAAGAUUGUUACGUUGUAUGUUUUUGCCCGGCUAAGCACACAUAGAAACGUAACAAAACAAAACAAACAAUGUUCCUGAGGUUCUUUUCAUUACUAUGGUUCUACGUUAUUUGGAAAUAAAAGAGUUUAUUAAAUUA